AUGUCUUCGUAUUAUUCGAGGUAUGGCAGGCCGGCGCUGAAGAACUCGGUCGACAUGCAGCUGCAGACGGCCUUCAGCGACGGCAACUGGAACACCGUCGCCCGCCUGGCGGACAAGCGCGCCAAGGCCCUCAAGGACCCUUACUACGAGGCCAUCAAAAUCACAGCCGAGUCUCAACUCGACGGUGGUGCUGAAAAGUGUGCCGUCGUGCUCAUCGCCAUCGACGACCUCGUCAGGCAGAAGGCCGUCCCAGAUCUCGACACCCUCGAGCUCUACGAGUGGGCGUCUCAUGACUUCCUCUCCCAGGAUCUCGACUACGCCGAGGCUCUCGGGCCCCUGAGGGCUCGCUGGGUCAAGGCAAACCCGAAGAGCCCCCUGGCCCAGCAGUGUCUUCAGACAUGCCUGGAGCACUGGGAUCUCGUGAGCGCUCAGCAGAUUGCCGCGACUUUGGAUAAGGCCAACGUCGGCUCAAACGACCGCCGCUAUAUGUUCUGGGGUAUCACCCUGACUUACCUCCUUUCAGUCAGCCACCAGUGCACCGAGGCUAGCCGUAGGGUAUACAGCCUGCUGGUCCUCAAGCAGCUCGAGAGAGCAGCCGACCUCACGGAAAACGCAACAACCGAGUCUACGGACCGCCGGCUCGCGACCGAAGAGGAGAUAUGUCUCUACUACCGCGUGCUGCUAGCCUAUGGCACCAAAGCAGAUUUCAUCUCCCGCAUUCAGAGCAGCCAGCUGGGUGCCAUCGCCGAGCUCAAAAAGGGGCACAAGCUCCUUCUCUGGGAGUCGCUAACUGCUCUCGAGUCCUGGGGAGAGUGGGACCUUGUUUUUACCCUCUGCCGCGAUGCCUUGAAUAUAGGUAUCGAAGGUCUUACGCCUCCGUUUCUUGUCUGCGAUUUACUAGUCUGGGGGCGAUUCUCCGUGGCCGCCAGCAAAGCCAAAGAUCCAGAAGCCGCGUUUGGCGAGGUGCAGGCUAUUCUAAACAAGUUUAUUUCCUUGACGGCGUCGGCGAGCGAGAUGUAUAAGAAGAACAUCAGUGUGGCACUUCUUGAGACAACCUUCCGAACACCUACACUGCUUCUUAGCCCCGAUCCAGGCCACAAAGGCUUGACACCGCGGGUUAUACAGAUUGGCCUGUUUCUUGACAAUUAUUUCGACAAGCUAUCCGCGUUUGACGACGUUAAAUACUACGUGGCUCAACUUAGCUUCGAGGAAGCAAGGGCGUUUAUGGAAGAUAUUUUUCCCAAAAUUCUUGACGAGCAACUCGACGAGCUGAAAAAAGUCAUAUUGAAGACGCUUGAAUGCAGGCUGCGCUAUCUUCUCACUACAUGCCCACAGACGUUGUCACACUACCCAUCUGUUGUAGAUGGCCAAGAACAAGAAAAGCCAUACCGGUGCCGCUUCUGCUCGCAACUGGCAGACCUCCCCUGCGAGCACUGUCUAAGGAAGACGGUAGUCACAGCAACGGCCACCUACAAGCAAUUAUCUGCCGACUCGGCACUUGCUGAAGCAAUUCCUCGACUGGACAAGGACCCCCGCGCAGACCUGGCUCUUGUCAUGGGACUUUCGCUUUUGAAGCUGGCCGGGCUGCGGGCGAAAGGAAACACUGAACCGGCCCGGCAGCCUUUGCGAGACAUACGGCUUGACCUUUGGCUCCAAGCGCUCUUGCUCCUAGACACGCAGCUCAAAUUGACUCCCUCAGACGUAGGGCUACGCCUUCUCCUCGUUCAGCUAUAUUUGCAGGCUGGGUGCGCUUCGUAUGCGCUCCAGCUCUGGAAGCCCAUGGACGUGAAGAGGACCAUCCAGGAUGCGCUGAGCCCCCUAUUCUUUGACCGAAUAUCCAGCUUGUCGCCAGGGCUGUUCCAGGGAGGCCGUCCCCUAAUGGAACCGCUGCGUUCAUAUUAUGCUAGCAGCUUGCGGGACAAGUGUCCGGUGCGGGUCUGGGAGGCUUUCUCUUCCGGGAGCUACACUAGCAUUAUUGAUAUGAGCAUUUACGACUCCAAGCUGCGCAAGAGCUGCACGCUGGUAAUGACGCUGGUUGAGGAGAGGCGCGCCAUGAGGUAUUUUGCGUGGAAGACCGAGCCCGACAUUGAUGAUCAGUCCCUCGCAGAGGGAAUCACGGAUGAGACUGUCCUCGUCAACAAGACCGACUAUGGUUCAUUCCCAAACCUGGAGAGCCUCCACGGACCUCCAAUUCAGGACUUCCUCAGACUUGGCCCUGGGCUUUCGAACGAGCGACUCCAGCUGGGAUUUCUCUCGGAGCAGUACUACGACGUCCUCGCGUUUAAGCCGCCCAAGGACUACAAGCCCGCCAAGCCAAACGACGUAGCCAUCCGGGACCGCAACUACGUCGCCGAGCGCGUGGCUGACCUCAGCAACUCACUGACAGACUUCCUGCACCGUACCGCGACCCCGUCUCUCCUGACCAGCGCCGAGCUGGUCUACUACACGGUGGUAUCGCUCCUGUCGGCCAGCGUGGUCACGAGUCUCUACAUCCCGCGCGCCGAUCCAGCGCCGCCCAAGACACUGUCUAUGACGACGUCGUCGGUGCGCACGGCGCUGGCAGGCCUGCGCAGCGAGCUGACAUCGCCGCGUGUGAACCCGACCACGUCGCAGACAUGCAAGGCUCUGACCAACAUGCACAACGUGGCGUACGUGCGCGAGACGGCCGUGGCCGUCAAGCACACGGCCGCCUUCGUGCUGGCGUUCUACGACAAUGAGAUGGCGCGCGACCGCACGGGUAAGUCGGCCCUGCACAAGGACGUGGUGGCUGAGAUGAAGGCGCUCGAGGCCGUCGCCACCAAGACGCUGGCCGAGACCAAGGCUCACGUCCAGAAACUCAAGGAGCAGCUCGGAGAGGCCGGCUGGCUGGACCGCAUGCUCGAGUGGGCCUACAGCGACGAGAGCAGCAGCAGCAGUAGCCAGGACGAUGAGGCUCUCCAGGCGGUGAAGAGCGUGGUGUCGGACAGCGCGCACGCCGAGGAGUGGGGGGGCAAGCUGCUGGAGAGCUGGCGCGAGGGCGUCAAGGGGUGGGGGAUGGUCCGGAUGGAGUGA